AUGUCCACCCGUCGCGGCGUCGGCCUCGGCGCCUUCACAAACCGCACCCAAGCCACUCAAUCCUACGCCACCCACGGCGCCAACCUUCGCUCCACGCAUACUUCCUCCCUGCAAACCCAGCUCUCCGUCUUCCAAUCCGCCCUGCACAGCUUCGCCCUAGAACACAGCUCAACCAUUCGAUCGAAUCCCACAUUCCGCGCUGAAUUCGCGCGCAUGUGCAAUGCGAUCGGGGUUGAUCCACUGGCAGCCAGCAAUGUGAAAGGGAAAAAUGGACGGAGAGGACUACUGGGUGAGGGGGGUAGUUUCUGGACGCAGAUUAUGGGCGGGGAUAUGAAUGAUUUUUACUUUGAGGUUGCGGUGAGAGUUGUAGAGCUUUGUCGGGAGACGAGGAGUGAGAAUGGGGGUUUGAUUGGGGUUGAGGAGUGCCGGAGGAGGGUGGGGAAGGGAAGGGCGAUUGGGAGUGGACUUGAGGUUACGGAGGACGACAUCCUCCGCGCCAUUAAAUCCCUCGAACCCCUCGGCUCCGGUUUCUCCAUCAUCUCUGUCGGCAGCAAGCAGUACAUUCGGUCGGUCCCCAAAGAGCUCAACACGGACCAGGCCACCGUUCUCGAAGCCAUCCAAGUUUUAGGCUUCGUCAGCGUCUCUAUGCUACGAUUGAAUCUGAACUGGGAGAGGGCAAGAGCGCAGACUGUCGUUGAUGAUCUUCUGGCGGAUGGCCUGGUUUGGUUAGAUGCGCAGGGCGAGGAAAACGAGUACUGGUCGCCGCAGAACCUGUUAGAUGACAGUGGGUGAAAGUGUACUCUUUCUUCGACAAACAUUUGUAGUCGACUUAUCUCCGUUCCCAGCCCAUCACGGUCCCGGCAGUCAGGGCCUUACCUGCCAACCUUCAAUCUUCUCGCUUGAAGGAACCAGACAGACCGCAUCGGGCAUGAUGCUCAACGUCUUGGACAGACCAGGUUAUAUACUUAGCUUUUAUGCACAUUCUGCUAAUGCCAAAUGGGAACCGUUUUCUGUCGAAUUGAUAAUGC